CGACUUCGCUUCGAGAGCACCUGAGUUAUUUUUUUGAACGAAAAAGGGGGCACUCUCGUUUUCCGUGAGACGCGUGCAGUGAGUCAGUGGGGACCUUGCAGAAUCUCGUUAAAUCAUAGACACUGUGAAAUGAGGUUAGCUUGAAUACUGAAAAAAUGCAAUUCAAACUUCCUCUGUUGCUGAUAGCAACAUUCUUCAUCGGUUCUAUCUGGACCAAAGAGUGUUCUAAAUUGAAAUCCAAUACGAAGCUCUUCUGCUAUUAUGGCGAUAUUAAAGAGACCAACAACUUCUGUCAGUGUACUCAUGUAGUUCUUCCUGAGGCAACAGAAUUGAAAAUUGUCGAGAAGAUCAGGAAACAGAAUGCCGAUGUUAAAAUUCUACUGACCGUUAGCGAAUUCAAUGAGAAACUUGUCGCUCUCCUCAAAGGCACCAAAGUGGACGGUGUGGAGUUGAAUCUGCGAAAGAUGGACUCCAAAAACGACUUAACGGACUUUAUUUCGACAGUCAAAUCGAAAUUGGGUUCCGACCACUACAUAGCAGUAUCUGUGCCUUCAAAGACAGAAAGUUUGGCCAAGAAUUUCGACUUCAAGGAGCUGAGUAAACAUGCUGACGUCUUUAUCUUGAACACAGCCUUUUUAGGGGCUUCUCAGAACGUCACCUUCCAUCCUAGCAGACUUUCUGGAUUGUGGGACAUGCAGAAUACGGAUUCCAUGGUGGACCUUGUCAGCGGUUUGGGAGCUCCACUGUCGAAAAUUGUGGUCGCUGCUCCCGUGCAAGCUUUCCUAUUCACACUACAAAACGAAAAGUACACAGCCCCAGGAAGCCCUGCCACAGAAGUCAAAUCCAUCACAAGAAAAGAGCUGUGCGAUUUGAUGCUGCAGAAAGAUGCUGAAUGGACCCUUGAAAGAGAUCAGGACCAGGCCGGUCCUUAUAUAUUUAGAGGAAAACAAUGGAUUGCCUUCGAGGACGAAACAAGUAUCGAUAUCAAAACGAAAUACGCAAGGGUUCGAAACCUGGCUGGAGUAGCCCUCAAAGACCUUUCCCAAGAUUCCGAGACCAAAUGCGGAUCGUCGAUAUUGAACGCAGCCUUCAAGGGACUAUCCAGGCAAGCUCGUGCACCCAGGGGAGCCGUCCUGCACACUUUGGAAAGAGAAAUCCUCUCCCCUUCCUCCACACAUAGCUCCUCAGUCCACGAUUCACCUUUCAGGAUCUCCAGGAUCAUAGAUACAGAAGGAAAAAUCCACGUGGUUCGUCAGGACACUAGAACUGAAUUCGAAUGUUCGAGACAAGGCUACUUCGUACAUCCAAGAUCUUGCAACAGGUUCUACAGGUGCGUGAAGUUCGAUCAGAGGACUGAAGAUUACAACGUCUUCGAGUUUGAUUGUCCUGCUGGUUUAACAUUCGACGAGAAAACUGAGGUUUGUGUAUGGCCAGGAAGUCUCCCGCAUGCAUCCGCUUGUUCUGGAAGCAGUGAAAUAGCUCCAGUUCCACAGAAGAGAUUCACGUGUCCAACUGAACCAGGAUAUUAUGCCGAUCCUGAGAACUGCAGAUGGUUCUUCGCCUGUUUGGACCAUGGAGAACCUACGAUGCAAGCCUACGAAUUCAGGUGUCCAUUUGGACUUGUCUUCGAUGAGGAAAAAUUGCUCUGUGAAUGGCCUUGGUUAGUACCCAAGUGUGGUCUUGGAACGGCAGUAACACUGAACUACUAUGGAGGUGUAUCAACCAAUAUCAAUCAGUACGAUGGCUUGGGAGUACUUCAAUCUGUGAAACUUGGAGGUCUGCAUGGUCCUAUCCAAGCAGCUGAAGCUAAAACCUACAGCAACGUUGGGUUCGUCGGACUAACUGAUAAGAGGUUGACGGACAGUCAAAUCUUCUCUGAGAAUUCAGCUAGGUUCAUAGAUGCAUCAAGGAGACUUGGGCUUUCAUUGAAAGCAACUCAGUCUCUGUACAAUGCAGGACUUCUUUCUGAUAAACUGGCAGCAAUUGGCUUGACGCAGAGCGAUUUUGGUCUGGAGAAUUUGGCGUCAGAAGUCAAUGUUGGACUUCACCAAAACUCACAGAGUUUUGGCCAACAGUUGGAUGGAGUUAGGUUUGGAGUAUCAGAAGGACAGUUUGUAAAUCAUCAAAAUCAAGCAUAUCAAUAUACUGGGCACAACCUAGGAGAAUUCUCUUCACAGCAGUCACAAAUAGGAACGAACGAUGGUGUGGACUCAAACUCUGGUACAGAUUCACACCAAUUUGGUUUGAGUGAAGGAUCACAAAUAGACCUAUCGAAGUCUCAAGGAAACUCUGUUUCAUAUAAUAAUAUUCAUCAACAAAGUACCUUCGGAGCAAUUCAGGCAAACAAGGCAGAAGGCAAUUCGAACAGUUUCGCCAAUUUCGAUCAAUCUUUCCAACAACAAUUGAAUUUGGAACACCAGAACAUUGAUACGACACAGAACAGACAAAUUGAAUUAGGCUUAGGACAACAAAAUAUCGAUUACUCUGAUGUGAACCAAGGUAACUUGAUAGGAAAUUUACAAUAUCAGCAAGAUUAUAAUAAAAAGUCACAAACUAAUGGUCAUUCACAAAGUUUUGCUAAUUUGGGACAAACUUCUCAUGCUCAGUUCAACUAUCAACAAAAUAAUGGAUUUGGACGUAAUGAUCAAGCUCAGCUUAAACAAGGACUGUUGACUUUGAGCAACAAUCAACAAAAUCUUGGAGAAAAAGUACAAUAUGACCAAGGAAACAACUAUAACGUGGCAACAAGUUACGUUAAUUCAGUUCAGAACGCACAAACCGAAUUAAAUCUACAAAAUUCUGGUGCCCAACAACUUAACGUAGAUCACAGUGGAAUACAGCAAGAAGGCUACAGAACAAACAGCGAAAUAAGCUCCAAAAAUCAACAGCAAUUCAAUAGGAACUUGGGAGCAACAGGAUAUAGUAGCAGUUAUUUCAACUUGGGACAAUCAUCUGGAUCCCAAAUCGCUGUUGAACAGAAGAGUACAAUCCAGGGCCAAAUAGGACAAUCCCAACAAAAUACUCAAUCUGAAUAUUCCCAAUCUGGUAAUCUCGAAGGUGUUCAAAAUCUUGAGCAAAUAAAUAUUGGAGCCAAUGGAUAUGAACAAAACAGCGGCCUCUUACUUCAAAAUGUUGAAAUAAACGGUGCUGCUGGGAAGUACAUUGACGAUAAUGCUCAAUCGAGCUUCAAUGUUGGCUUAGACUCCAACGAUUUCUCACACGUAACACCAGCUACUGUUUCACACACAACUGCCACUAGUUUCGAAUCAAUAGUUUCUGCUACUCCAUUGCAAACAAUCGAAAACUAUGAACAGAAACAAUCGAAGGACUCCUCAAGGAUAGAAUACUCCAUAAACAAUUUGGAAGAGUCGAAGUUAUCUAGUGAAUUUGGAAAAACGAAUAUUGGCAAUUCAGCAACAAGUUACCAGUUUAUAAAUCAAAAACAACCAUCUUUUGGACCUUCAACUGCCGCCCCUGCACUUUUGCAGCAAAAUAUACAAAAACUUUCAUCAAUCGAAUAUCACAGGCGCCCUGAAGUUACUUUCAGCGUACCACAGCUACAAAUCGUCAGUUCAACUUCACGUCCUGUUAUACAGGAAGUUCAAAUAAACACAGCUGCAAAUUCUGCGUUGAGCUUAGAAGCAAAACCAGAGGCAACAUUCAAUCAGAAAGCCUCAGUUAUAUCACAUUCAUCUUCUGCAGAACAAGGUAUAAUAUCCGGUCAGAGUUAUUCCCAAGAUGGUGGAUAUACUUAUGACAAGCCAUCAUUGAACUUUGAGGAAAAACCAGGAGUAUUGAUCAACGAGAAUAGAAUUUCGAGUUCUACCCCAGUAUACACCGAUACGAAAGUUGAAAUACCUUCUAUAGCAUCAAGCUAUUCUUAUUCAAACAGAGCGGAGGGCACAAGAUAUAAAGGAACCACUGCAGAAAAACAAAGAUUAUACGUGCAACAACCUCAAGUAGUUGCAUAUCCAUCAACUGGCUCAUCGUCAAGUUAUUUCAGGCAAGACACGGGAAAUACAGUCUACCAAACUCCACAAAUUGUCCAGCAGCAACCCCAAGCUCCUUAUGAACAAAAGAUUGUAUCGACUUACAACUAUAUCAAACCUGAAGUUUCUGUAACACCUCAAACUGAAACAACAAGGCUGGUUUCAACCAGUUUCAAUUAUAUAAAUCAGAAUCAACCUCAAGAAAAACAACAGUUCAUUUUGAAACAGUCCGAACAAGUUUCUAAUGGAUACACUUAUGUUAAACCAGUUGAAACCAGAGUUUCGAUUGAGCAGCCUAAACUGGUUCUUAGGAAACCUGAGCCAGUUUCAACAAGUUAUAAUUACGUCCAGCCAACAGUUCAAUCUAAUAUUAUUUACGAACAACCUCAAAUAAAUAUCCAACAACCUGCUACGAUAGUAGAAAAUUACAAUGCCGAACGCACGUCGAAAACUGAAAUUCCUCAAGGAGAUAAACCGGUCAUUUCACAAAGCUUCUCUUAUACACAACAGGACACACGGGGUGGUUAUAGAUAUGAAGUACCUCAAGUAGCUGUUCAGGAACAACCUCAAAUAAUAAAGACUACAUUGGAAACAGGUUAUAAAUAUGAUAAACCUUCUCAAGUGUUCCAAGAAGGUUUCAAUAUAGUUCAACCUUCAGUUCAACCUGUCAUUCAGAAGCAAUACAGUCAGCCCAUUUCCCAACAGCAGGAAGUGACGAGCUAUCAGUAUUUCCAGCCUGUUGUUCAGCAACCGAGAGGUUUCACUAAGACAUCUUUCCAACAAGAGGCUGUGAAGACAUACUCCUACUCCAACCCUGGAAGGACUCAAUAUGUAGCAAAACCAGCCACAAUUGUUCCUACCAAUUACCAAUCUCCUGUCUAUAAGAGUGAGCAGAUUGAAUUCAAAGGAUACGGUUAUCCAAGACCACAGGUUCAGUUUGUAGAAGAGCCGAAAGCAGUCGUUACGAAUUACGAAAGUAAAGUUCCAGUGGUGGAAACACCAAUAGUACCAAAGAAGGCUUACGUUUUAGGUAAUAGUUUCCAAUACGAAAGAGUGGUACCUAAAGUCCAAGUCUUGAAAGAGCAGAGAGUGUACACUACACCAAAACCAACGUUUAUUUCUACAAUCAAAUCAUUAGUUUCAGGGAAAGCUAAUCCUUUGCCACAAAGAGAAUUCAUUUAUUACGACAGUCGUUUGGACAACAAUAGGCAGAAUCAGUAUUUCCAAACUUCCUCCUUUGAGUCCACUAGAAUUCCAGCUGUUUCUUACUCACCAACUAUAUCCCAAAACGUUGAUAUCAAGGGUUAUAGCUACCCGAAGCCAAGCAUCAGAUUCGAAGAAGCUCCUAAAACUAGUUAUCAGUACUUCCAAUCAGCACAAGGAUCUCAGAUUCAAACUACACCAAGACCUACCUACGUAUCAACAAUCAAAUCCGUUGUUUCCCAAAAACUUGAGCCUUUAGAAGAACAAUUUGUAACCUCACCACCAGCCCAAAUUCAAUAUUUAGAAUCCACAACUCUGAAACCUCAAUCAAGUGUGACAAACUCAUACAUAUCAAGACAACGUGAACAACAAAACAUCGAAAAUGUGGAGAUAAACGGAUACGCUGAACGAACACCUCAAAUUCAAAGCUUCCAGUAUCAACAACAGAGUAAUAGGGAACAACAGAAAGAAGUUGUUGUCGAAAACUUUGUUAAUCAGCAGUAUGAUCAACCUACAUAUUAUACAACUGAAAGAACUACAGCAUCCCCUGUUGUAGCCCAGAAACUCGAACCUGUCACACAAGAAUAUUUCUAUUAUGACAGCAGACUUACUAGCACUCAAGCUCCAGAAGGUCAAUACGUGGAAGUAGCAACAAGAGCACCAGUUUUACAGAAAACACAAACGGUGGAAUUCGGAGGUUAUGAAUAUCCAAAACCUCAAGUUACUUUUGAAGAACCGAAAGUGAUUAGCUACGGAAAUAAGGUACCAGUCGUUGAAGUUCCAGUUGUACCAAAGAAAGCUUAUGUGACAACAGAACAGAAGUUUAAUGUCCAUACUGAAGAAGAAACAUCAAGGCCGUUAGUAUUGGAGAAUUACGUCGCUGCAAACUAUCAAGAACAUUCCUCAGACUCACAAUUAGAACAACGUGAUUAUGUCACUCCUAGACCGACUUACAUUUCAACAGUAGCCUCUGUAAUCGAACAAAAACCAGCUCUAAGACAGGAGUUCACAUUCUUCGACAGCAGAAUUUCAAGUACUCCUAGAUCAAGAGUUGUCUCCCAGAAAUCCAGAAUUUCUUCAUCCCGAGGUUAUAGCUACCCCAAACCUAAACUUCAACUAUCAGAGGAACCACAACAAGUAUUGACCAGAGUUGAAGUGAACAAAGAAAUUCAGCCAACCAUCUUGGAAAACUACGUAUCUCCUAAUUACCAGAAAUAUGAUGUUUCAAUCCAGUCUAGUACCCCAGCAACUAUUUUGAGUCAGAAUGUUGAACAAAAAUUAUUGAGAAUCGAUAACAGACCCAGAUCUGGAUAUUUCCAGGUCACUCAAGGUCCAGAACAGGUGAAACUGGAAGUAACAUCACCAGGUCCAGUUGUUGAACAAAAAUUGGAACAAGAGCAGCCUGUUCAACCCUAUUACUAUUAUGAUAGUAGGUUGUCACCUACACAGAGUCCAGGAAUCGAGAUUGUUCAAGAGAAAGGGGAAGUUCCACAAGUUUUCCGUCAAGAAAUCACCAGUUAUGACAGCAGAUACUCUUCAACUGGUCGUCCAACGGAAGAAAUCAAAUCUAGGCCGAGUGUGACAAUUGUUGAAAACGAACAGCCGAUCCAAGAGUUUGGAGCGAGACAGCAAUAUUAUUUAGAUGCAUCCACGGAAAAACUAGGCAUACAAUAUGCAGAGAUCGAGUCAAAAGAUCCAUCAUCUACAUACGCACCUAUAAGAAAGAGGGUAAGGGUAACGAAGCCCUCCAGAAAAUAUCUCCCUACAAGCACCCCUAGUCCGAAGUAUUUACCGAGCACCACACUCGCUUCCAUCUCAAACGAAUACCUACCAGUAGCAUCCAGUGAAGCUCCAGCUGAGGGAGGAAUAUCUGUCGAAAAUUACGAGAACUUUGAACUUGUCAGAAAGAAACAACGUCCUGUGAAGGUUGUUAAAAUAGUGAGACCUAGAGUGAAAACAGUUGUGGUCAAAAAGAAUGAUUUUAAUCCCUUCCUAUCGGCCAAACUUGGCGCCCAAUGCACAUGUACCUCAAACACCAUCGAGUUGCGUAAAGAGCCUUUGAGGAUCGAAGUUUCAGAUGAAGAUGACGACUACGAAAAUGAUGAUGAAGGUAUUCUUGUUGAAAAGAAAGAUGGGGAAGCUUUCGUCAUUGAGAAUUAUGAAUCAGAAAAGAUAGACGCGUCCACAGCGGAACCAGAAAUUCACAUUAAAUCUAGUACUGUUGAAUAUCGAUCGAGGAAGGCGAAUAGAGGUAGAGCUCGAGCUCAGAAUGUUGUCGUUGAAAAUAUUUCUUCGAGAAGAAGGUCCAAAGUGAACAUUGAAGCUUCUGACGUUAACAUAUACACGUCUAGAGUCAGAGUUAAAACACCAAGAAUCGAUAUAGAGACUGAUGACAACGCUGAAGUGAACAUCGAGUCUGCUAGAUCUAGAACAAAACAAGUAGAUGUUGAAUCUGGCGAAAACCUAGAAGUCAACUCGAAAACCUUCGACAGAUAUGGUCCAGGUGGAUUGAGAAGUGCUAAAGAAACCCUCCAAGGUAUCGAUUGCCAACGCGCUGGUUUGUUCAGGCAUCCAACCCAAUGUAACAAAUUCUACUCUUGCAAGUGGGACUGCAAAAAGAACAAGUUCACCUUGCACAUCUUCAACUGCCCAGUCCACCUCACUUUCGACAAUAACCUGGGUGCCUGCAACUGGCCAAGCCAAGGACCUGCCUGUUUGGAAAACACAUUGCUACCAAGUGAAUAAUCUGUCCAGGAUUCUGUCUCUAUAGGAAGCGUGAUGUUUUCGUACUUUAGAAUCGCUAUAUUUUGUAAAUAACUGAAGUUUUUAUUUUUAUAAUCUUUUUUAUUUUUGUAUAUAAUCGCGUUUAAAACAUUUAUUUCAUUCGAUUAUUUAUUUCACGUUGCAUUCAGCAUUUGUCGAUGGUUUGUUGAUAUUUUUAUAUGAUAUUUAUGAUUCGAUUUGUUAAAUAUUGCUUGAAAUCUUUUUUGUAGAGCAGUGUUUUAGAAUAAACU